CUCUUUUGGCAUGAGACCAUGGCAGCAAGCUGCAGCUCCCAGUUGUGCAUGUGAUCACCAGAGAACAAAAUGGCCAGACACAAUCAUACGACAGUGACAGAAUUUGUCCUCAUGGGAUUCACAGACCACCCUGAGCUUCAGCUUCCACUCUUCAUGGUGUUCCUGUUCAUUUAUCUCAUCACCCUGCUUGGAAACCUUGGCAUGAUACUGCUCAUUGAGGUGGAUUCCCGGCUCCAAACUCCCAUGUACUAUUUCCUCAGCCACCUGGCAUUCAUUGACAUUUGUUAUUCAUCUUCCAUUGUGCCCAAGAUGCUGCAAAAUUUAUUGGUGAAGGAAAAAACCAUCUCCUUUUUGGGCUGUUUUGCCCAGCUGUACUUCUCCAGUGCCUUUGCUACUACUGAGUGCUUCCUCUUGGCCACAAUGGCCUAUGACCGCUACAUGGCUAUCUGCAAGCCCCUGAUUUACUCAGCCAUUAUGACUCAGCGGGUCUGCAAGGAGUUGGUGGUAGGGGUCUAUACCUAUGGCUUCCUAAAUUCUGUGAUGCAGACAAUUCUGACUUUCCAGUUGUCUUUCUGCAACUCAAACGUCAUCCACCAUUUCUACUGUGCCGACCCCCCUCUCCUUGCCCUCUCCUGUUCAGACACCCGCAACAAAGAAAAGCAGCUCUUGAUCUUCUCGACAGUGAACUUCACUGGGUCCUUCCUGACUGUCCUCAUCUCCUACAUUUGCAUCCUCUCUUCCAUCACAAAAAUCCAGUCUUCCGAAGGCAAGUGCAAAGCAUUUUCCACCUGUGCCUCUCACCUCACUGUGGUCAUCAUCUUCUACGGAACAUUGUUUUUCAUGUACCUGAGGCAACCUAAAGCAAGAAAUUCACGAAAGUACAACAGAGUGGUCUCUGUGUUUUAUAGUCUUGUGAUUCCCAUGCUCAACCCCCUAAUCUAUAGCCUGCGGAACACGGAAGUAAAGGACAGCCUGAAAAAGUUAAUAGAGGGCAAAGAGUUACAGUGA